CACACCACACACACACACACACACACACACACACACACACACACACACACGCACGCACACACCCUGGGCUGAGCGGUCCUGCCGGCUGCAGCCGCGGGCCCCUGCUCACCGUGCGGCUGCCCCUGCCUGCGAAAUGACGGCGGUUCCCCUCACUUCCAGGAAUCCACGCUUCCUGGAAGGUGAGUGGCUGGGCUCACCCCUGCCUGCCACCGAGACGCAGACAUGCACACACCACCCGCACUCCCGCGCCGUUUCCAAGGCGGCGGCCGCGUUCGCACCCCAGGGUCUCACCGGCAAGGGAAGGAUAAUCUGGAGAGGGAUCCCUCAGGAGGGUGUGUUCCGGAUUUCUUGCCUCAGGCCCAGGACUCCAACCAUUUUAUAAUGGAAUCUUUAUUUUGUGAAAGUAGCGGGGACUCGUCUCUGGAGAAGGAGUUCCUCGGGGCCCCAGUGGGGCCCUCCGUGAGCACUCCAAACAGCCAGCCUUCUUCCCCCAGCCGCUCACUCAGUGCCAACUCCAUCAAGGUGGAGAUGUACAGCGAUGAGGAGUCGAGCCGACUGCUGGGCCCGGACGAGCGGCUCCUGGAUAAAGAUGACAGCGUCAUCGUGGAGGACUCCUUGUCAGAGCCCUUGGGCUACUGCGAUGGAAGUGGCCCCGAGCCCCACUCCCCUGGCGGCAUCCGGCUCCCCAAUGGCAAGCUCAAGUGUGACGUCUGUGGCAUGGUCUGUAUCGGCCCCAACGUGCUCAUGGUACACAAGCGCAGCCACACGGGGGAAAGACCCUUCCACUGCAACCAGUGCGGCGCCUCCUUCACGCAGAAGGGGAACCUGUUGCGCCACAUCAAGCUGCACUCCGGGGAGAAGCCCUUCAAAUGUCCCUUCUGCAACUACGCCUGCCGCCGGCGUGACGCGCUCACAGGCCACCUCCGCACACACUCAGUCUCUUCUCCCACCGUGGGCAAACCCUACAAGUGCAACUACUGCGGCCGGAGCUACAAGCAGCAAAGCACCUUGGAGGAGCACAAGGAACGAUGCCACAACUACCUGCAGAGCCUCGGCACCGAAGCCCAGGCUCUGGCUGGCCAGCCAGGUGAUGAAAUGCGUGACCUGGAGAUGGUGCCUGACUCAAUGCUGCACUCCUCAUCCGAGCGGCCAACAUUCAUUGAUCGCUUGGCCAACAGCCUCACCAAACGCAAGCGUUCCACCCCGCAGAAGUUUGUAGGUGAAAAGCAGAUGCGUUUCAGCCUCUCCGACCUCCCCUAUGAUGUGAACCCCGGCGGUGGCUAUGAAAAGGAUGUGGAGUUGGUGGCGCACCACGGCCUGGAGCCUGGUUUUGGAGGUUCUCUAGCCUUUGUGGGUACAGAGCAUCUGCGUCCCCUCCGCCUCCCCCCGACCAACUGCAUCUCGGAACUCACACCCGUCAUCAGCUCUGUGUACACCCAGAUGCAGCCCCUCCCCAGCCGACUGGAGCUCCCAGGGUCCCGAGAAGCAGGUGAGGGACCCGAGGACCUGGGAGAUGGAGGUCCGCUUCUCUAUCGGGCCCGAGGCUCUCUGACUGACCCUGGGGCCUCCCCCAGCAAUGGCUGCCAGGAUUCCACAGAUACAGAGAGCAACCACGAAGAUCGGAUGGGCGGGGUGGUGUCCCUCCCUCAGGGUCCCCCUCCUCAACCUCCUCCCACCAUAGUGGUGGGCCGGCACAGCCCCGCCUAUGCCAAAGAGGACCCCAAACCACAGGAGGGGUUAUUGCGGGGCACCCCAGGCCCCUCCAAGGAAGUGCUCCGGGUGGUGGGUGAGAGUGGGGAGCCCGUGAAGGCCUUUAAGUGCGAACACUGCCGCAUCCUCUUCCUGGACCACGUCAUGUUCACCAUCCACAUGGGCUGCCACGGCUUCAGAGACCCUUUCGAGUGUAACAUCUGUGGUUAUCACAGCCAGGACCGGUAUGAGUUCUCUUCCCACAUCGUCCGGGGGGAACAUAAGGUGGGCUAGGGACCUCUUCCCCCGGGCCUGUCCUCAGCGCCCCACCUCCACUGCCCCACCUUCGGGUGUCUAGCCCAGUUCCUACCACACCCCAAGGAGUUCCGCAUCCACUGGCCACCUCACUUCACACUUGACUCAGACCCUCUUUGCCUGCUCCCCUGGCUGAUGUAAGCAUUGUGACAGACAAGAGUCUUUUUGCUUAUAUUUCUCCUUCUGAACUCCUCUCUCCCCGACACUUUUCCUGUUUAUUAAUGACUUUUCCUCGACCUUUUUAAAUGUACCGCAAUCUCUGGCCACUCCUUCACUCUCCUGCCCACGGCUCCCGUCUGCUCUAAGCCUAGAUUUUUUUUAUUUUCCCCCUUUAUGGAUCCCACCUCCUCCAACAGCCCCAGGGGUUGGAAGCUCCUCUUUGUACUUAGAGACAGGGAGCUUCUUGCUUUAAUCCUGACCCUUAUUUAUCUGACUCUUCACUUUCGAUGUUGAUACCUCCCAGUGGCCCACCUUAGCUCUGUGGCAUUAUUAUCUCCUCUCUGGGACCCUCCAACCUGGUACUUCAUACCUCUCGUGCCCCCUCACUCCAGGCAGCUUGCACUAUUCUUAAAUGAAUGAAGAAUUUCCUCACUGGAAGUAGGAGGGGCUGUAGAAACUCUCCCCAGGAACUGUGGACUGAGGGUCCUCUUGACCUCACCUGGGAAUACGAGCUCCCUAAAGCCUCCAUUCAGGGCCUCCCUCCAGGAUGUGAUAUCGCUCUUCCCUCUCCCCGGCUCACCCCUCAACACCACUCUGGUCUCAACCAGCCGCUCCUCUCAGUGGUGGCUUUUCUCUCUUUGCAGUGCCCCCAUUUUUAUAUUCUCAGGGGCUAAAGCCAGGCCUGCAACCCUGUCCGACAGACCGCCAGCUGCAGGUGCCUAGCUGAGAACCAGGGCACCGGAAAGGGGGUGGGUAGAAAUCUCUCCUCCACCUUUCAAACUUUUUCACUCCAGUGACCUUCCUAGGCUCUCAGGGACUCCUUCUGUCCCCGUUUUAUGAGAAACUGGUGGGUUGCCGCCCGACGACCAGGGGUCUCCCAGCCCCAUCAGUCACGCUGCCUUUUUCCUCUCCCUUCUAGCAGGAUUCACCGUCUCGUUCCCAGGCUCCUGGGCCCUGUUGUUAUCAGUGUCAGGGGGAAAGGAAUGUCUCUUUUCUCUCUGCUAAUUUUCAGUAUAACCAAAAAUUGUCCCAGGAUGAAUGGCAUGUAUGUGCCCGCCGACCAUUCCACCCUUGUUCCAGCAAGAAUGGGAUGGACGCAACUAACCGGGCGUCAUCCUUCACUGCCCUUCCACACUCGGCUCCCGACACAGGGCAGGAUGGGCACUCUCUUCUCUGGUGGUUGCAGGGACCCUGGCUAUCUGGAUAAUCGAGGGUUCGUGAGACCACGCAGGAGAAGGUUUAGCUCCACCGAAUGUGGAGGUCUCUCUCUCUCUAGAGUUCCCUGCCAAGGCCACAGCCAUCCCACUCUCUGCUUCUUUGAGAUUCAAACCAAAGGCUGUUUUUCUAUGUUUAAAGAAAAUAAGAAAAAAAAAAAAAA